GCUCACGCUGGACGUCCGUCCGCACAUUCCUCCGCUCGGAGCAGGACGUUUGUUUACAGAAGCCGCCUCUGCCUGGCGAGCGUCAGGCUCUUAUCUGAGCGCUUGUGCAAUCAGAGGAGGGGUAUAAACUGCCUGAGGGCUGUGGACCCCUCAGUCCAGCCCGCUGCACACCAUGAGCCGGUCCCUGUGCGUCCUCCUCGCCGCCCUGUCGCUGAUCCAGGGGACCCCCGCCAUCCGGAGACUGCAGGGGAGCCCCCAAACUGCAGACCAGCGCAGCGCCCAUGACCACGGCGACCGAGGCAGCUUUAACCAGACGGACGCCGAGCCCCCCGCUCUGGACCAGACGGACGCCGAGCCCCCUGCUCUGACGGGGCAGGACAUGCCGGUGGUGCAGCUCGUCCCGGGGCACUACCCCGCCCGCAGAGCAGCCCAGGUGGCUCAGCACUACCUCAACACCCAGCACGGCUCCCCCUACAGGUGGCUGCAGGUGGAGAAGGUCCUGAGUGCCACUUUAGAGGAAGUGGCUGAUAAAGGAAUGAAGUACAAUGUGACGUUCAGCGUGAAGGACGGGGUGUCUGAAAAGUCUGCAGGCCUGUGCUCUGCAGAGGUGAUGUUCCCAGCCAAUGAGGUGCAGUCCCUGCCCCUACAGGCCCCGCCCUCACAGGCCCCACCCCAGGUACACUGCUCCUGUGAGGACCUGCUCAAGACCAACACCACCGUGGAAGAGGAUGCUCUCUACCAGCAUCUGAAGAGCAACGCCAGUGUCCUGGUGGAUGCCCAAUAUAUACCAGACAGCUUUGGCUACAUUGCUCCAGAGAUGAGGCCCAUUUGGCACCUGGGGGGCGCGGCCUCCAGCUUUGUGAUGCUGAAAGAGUCCAACGAGAACACCCUGUACAACCUGGCCCAGCUGGCCAACGUCACACAGCUGGAAAGCCAGAACGACACACUGCUGUUCCAGUUCCACGUCCUGCUCCAUGAAAUGGUGUCUCAGGAGAUCAUCUCCUGGAAGCUGCAGGCCUCCUGGUGUCCAGCAGAGGGAGUCAGAGUGCUCAGUGCCGAAUGGCAGCCUAAAUGCCACCACUGUGUAGUGCCUCCAACCAACACCACCCUCGCCACAACACCACCAUCCUAACACCACCCACACCCCAACACCACCAUCCUAACACCCUCACCACAACACCACCAUCCUAACACCACCCACACCCCAACACCACCAUCCUAACACCACCCUCACCCCAACACCACCAUCCUAACACCCAUACUCUAACACCUCCAUCCAAACACCACUACCCCAACACCACCCCCAACCCAACAGCAACAUUCUAAUACCAUCCCAAAAACAUCAUCGUAACACCACAAGCUUAACACCACCACCCAUGCCCAACAUCACCAUCCAAACAGAACCCCAACACCACCACCCCAACACCACCCAUGCCCCAACACCAACAUCCUAACACCACCCCCAACCCAACAGCAACAUUCUAAUACCAUCCCAAAAACAUCAUCGUAACACCACAAGCUUAACACCACCACUCAUGCCCAACAUCACCACCCAAACAGAACCCCAACACCACCCAUGCCCCAACACCACAAACUGAACACCACCCGCACCCCAACACCAACAUCCUAACACCACCCCCACCCCAACACCAACAUCAUAACACCACUCCCACUCCAACACCACCACCCCCAAACCAACAGCACCACCCCAACACCACCCAGUUUAACAGCAUUCCUGCAUGGCUACAAUUUCACCUUAUCAUAACAUAGUACAGUCACAUGUGACCUAAUGCCUGUACAUUGACUAUGUAUAAAAAACUACUCUGAAGGACCAUAACCAUCCAAUAAACACCAGCACUGUGUAUGAAAAGCA